CCUGCUCUAGCUUUUAGACAGGUUAUUAAAAAAAUUCGAGUUCAUAUGAAAAUUUCUAUUAAUACUUAAUGUUAGAUCUAUUCUAGAUCUAGAUAUCUAUCUUGCAUUUAGAAGAUCUAUCGCUAGAUUUAUAUUUAUUCUAAAUCCAGAAAGUCUUGUUGGAGAUCUGGUAGAUCUAGAUCUAUACUACAUUUGUGAUUAAGUAACAUUAAAACAAAAAUUGUCAUCAUCAUAAAACUCUGUUUGAGUGAGGCUUGAGAGGCUCAAAUCCUCUCUCGCUAAAGUAAAGUACUGUAAAGUAGCCUAGCCUAAAGCCCUGGACAGAAACCCUGUUAUAGUAAACUAAUACUAGACUUAUUAGGUAUAUCCUGGUAGAAGGUUUAAAAGAACUUGAUAAACUGCCACUUAUGGCUGGCACUGGAGAAGAAUUUAUUCUAGAUUUAAGGAAUUUAGUAAAAAAUGAAAAGGCAGAAUUGGGUGACACAAUUUUGUUAACACAGGCAUCCGAUGAAGAUGCUCAAAAGUUCUCCAUGUCACCGGUGGGAGAUAACUCUUCUUUUUAUGAACUAAAAAAAUGCAUACUUAUUAAAGAUGAGAAGUUGGAAGAGAUGUUCGCACAGCCGCAAGAAAACAUUGAAAUUGUUCAGACUUCUGAUGGGACCUUUGGCGAUGAACCUCAGAUAUUCAUUAAACAAGAGAAAAGAAAAUCUUCAGUGAAAAAGUAUGUGAGAAACACAGCCACGGAACAGAGUCAUUCCAAUGACGCAAUAGUGGAGUCUAUAGUAAACAUUGAGAUGAAUCAAGCUCCGAAACCUUUCAAAUGUCAUCUUUGUCAGGAAGCAUUUCCCACCUCCUAUUUUUUGAAAAUUCACCAAUUGGAUCACACCAGUGAAAGACCAUUCAAAUGUCAAACGUGUAAUAAAGUGUAUUCGACUGCUUAUAAUUUGAAACUCCACCAGUUGGAUCACACGACUGAAAAACUAUAUAAAUGCCAAAUAUGCGAAAAAGUAUUUUCUUCAAUGUAUUUUCUGAAAAAACAUCAGAGAGAGCACACUGGGGAGAAACCAUUCCAGUGUCCUGUAUGUCUAAAAGUAUAUUCCACUUCUUCCUAUUUGAAAAAGCAUCAACUGGUUCACUCUGAAGAAAAACCUUUCCAAUGUCAUGUAUGUCAGAAAUCAUACUCAACCUCUUCAUAUUUAAAAACUCACAUGUUGUGUCACACAGGUGAAGGAGAAAAACCCAAGGCGACUUCGAGCUCGUCUGACCAACAAUGGUACAGACUCAGACUUUACGACUCGGGCUCCGAAGGCGUCAGGGCUGCGGAACUGGCUCCCAAAAGUACUGAGCCAGGCUCCAGUAAGGCAAAGUAGUGCUCUUCCAUUCUACCUUUUCAGACAAUUUACACUCAGUCUGACCACUUGGUAGUGGACUAUCGAAGUUAAUAUUCAUCUUGAGUUGACCUUACGCCACAUCUAGGUAGCUUGUAUGAUGUACACAAAUGCACACAAAUGUUUUGGUUUUGAAACAAAAUAUUUAAGGUCCCAAUCUUGUAUUGGUUUUAUAAUGUCACUUUGAAAGACCUGCUAAAUGGCAUCUCUACAUUUUAAAAGACAAUGCUUGCCAUAUCCUCUCACUGGAGUUUCAUGGAAUUUAUGAUGGACAAACCACAUGAUGUGUAGUUAGUGGUACCCACUUUGUAAGUCAAAAUUAGUAAUUUGCCUACUUAGCUAAGCUUUGCGCUCUUGUCAUCAAGGCAUUCAAACUGGCCAGUUGCAUUCUUCAUCCUUCAAUAACACUUUUAGUUGUAAAAAACAGACCUGCUGUAUUCUUUACUCGUCAAGUAGGAAAUAGUACUAAAUGUGUAUGGUAUGGUCUGCUGAUUCAUUUUGUAACAGAGCUGAUAUUGAUGAAAAACUGUUCAGCAUUGUACAUUAAGACCAUGAUUAUUGACAUCACUAUAUUAUUGCAUUUAUCAUUGUGUGCACUUUAUCAUGUUUAUUAUGAGUAGACCUGCCACUCUUUUGGUAACAAACAGGGGGAAAGAAAAGUCCAAUAUAAUAGUUUUACUUUCAUUUUAUCUGAGUUGAAUAUCAUAUAAAUAACCAAAACUUUGAUUACAAAAAGUUAAUUGUUAAAAUUAGUAAAAUGCCAACUUAAUGAUAAAUCUGACAUGACAUUUAAUUAAAGAAUUGUUCAUUAUCCUUUAAAAUUCAUUAAUUUAACUUAAAAGCAUACACUGUCCUAGAAAUACCAAGCAUCAACAUCCAUUCUAAUAUUUCUUAUAUUAAGAAAGAAUUGGUAAGCUCUAUGUAAGACUGGUUUUAGUCUGAAUAGAUUGGUGUGGGUUUCAUAUGACACUUUUUUUUAAACUUCAAAAACUGAUGAUGAAGCUGCUAUUCAAAGACUCCUCAACCUCAUAUAAUUGGCAGAUGUAUACUAGAACAUAACAUGCAUAAUAAUACUUUUCUGUGGCUCUCUCAAUCAAGGAAGACAAUCCUUCAAGUCACAAUUUGUAUUAUGUUAAAAAAUCAUCUUCUUUUAAAUUAGUAUGUUUUAAUUAAAUUUGGGGGGG